AUGCAGGGCGACAAUGGAGCAGUCAACGUUGCCUCCAACAUUUCAUCACCUUCCAGCAAUGAAGUCGUGACCAACCCUGUGGAACAAAAGCUCGACUUGGCUCGCCAACUCACGGCAGCAACCAACAGUCCAGAUGGCGGUCUAAUUGCUCAGUUGACGGGCAAUCCCUUCUUCACAGCCGGCUUUGGUCUUGCAGGUCUCGGUGCUCUUGCAACUUUUGGCCAAAGAGGCUUGCGACAAGGCGCGGGCCUUCUCCGUCGCCGACUCCUUGUUGAUGUCGAGAUCAGCGUUCGCGAUGAUUCCUACCCCUGGUUCUUAUACUGGAUGACCCUCCACGAGCGCGGAAGAUUACUAGCAGGAAGAGGACAGCAACUAGCACAGAAGCAGCCAGGCAGAUUUGAGUCUCUUCUCCAACGACUUACACCCGGUAUGCGCCACUUGGCAAUUGAGACUGAAAAGAAGGAACUACCCAAUGGCGCAAUUCACACGAAUUUCGUCCUUAUCCCUGGACCUGGACGACACGUUAUACGCUACAGAAAUGCCUGGAUCUGGGUGAAUCGUCAACGUGAGUCGAAACAAUUCUCCAUGGAUGGAAAACCUUGGGAGACAAUCACCCUUACAACCCUCUAUUCGCAACGUCAUGUCUUUGAGUCCUUGUUCAAAGAGGCUCAUGACAUUGCAACUCAGUCUGUCGAGGGAAAGACCGUGAUAUACACUGCCUGGGGGACAAAAUGGGACAAAUUUGGCAAUCCCAGAAGCAAGCGGCCGCUUGACUCGGUCAUCUUGGACAAGGGUGUCAAGGAGAGAAUAGUGAAUGACGUCCAAGACUUUUUCUCUUCUUCCAAGUGGUACUAUGAGCGAGGCAUCCCUUACCGGCGAGGCUAUCUUCUGUAUGGGCCUCCAGGUACCGGAAAAUCCUCCUUUAUCCAAGCAUUGGCUGGACAUCUCAAUUACGAUAUCGCAAUGCUUAAUUUAAGCGAACGUGGUUUGACAGAUGAUCGCCUAAACCAUCUACUCACAGUCAUCCCUCAACGAACCCUAGUCCUUUUGGAGGAUGUCGAUGCAGCUUUCUCAAAUCGUCGUCAAGUUGAAACCGAUGGCUAUCAGGGUGCCAAUGUCACCUUCUCCGGCUUGCUCAAUGCCCUGGACGGAGUUGGUAGCGCAGAGGAACGUGUCAUUUUCUUGACCACAAAUCAUGUUGAGCGCUUGGAUGAGGCCUUGGUUCGACCUGGAAGAGUCGACAUGACGGUUCGGCUCGCUGAAGCCACAGUUUACCAGAUCGAGCAACUCUGGGAGCGUUUUUAUGGUGAAAUCGACACCGAUCAUACACUCAAGAGGGGAUUUCUUUCCAAACUUCGCGAGCUUCGAGUUCUGGAGCCUCUCACGCAGACUGCCAAUGCUGAAGUCAGCCGGACAAGUAUGGCUGCUCUACAAGGACUCUUUCUGUUCAACAAAGGCAACCCACAAGGUGCAAUUGAUAUGGCAUGGCAAUUAGCACCAGGUGAAGUACCAAGUGCAAUUUCGAAAUCACAAUCUGGAGUCUCUACCUGA